UUAUGCAGGAUCGAAGGUAAUAGUUUUAAAGUUAUUAUGGAAACUGAAGAACAAAUAGAGCUCUCAUUUACAAGGACAUGGGAUCCUUCACUUCAGGGCGAGCAUUCCCCGUUAAACAUAGAUAAAAGGUUCAUAAUUCUUCGGGAUUCGCUUGGUUUUUACUCUUACGCCAUUUAUGAACACAAAGAGGAUAUGCCAGAAUUCAACCUCAAUGAAGCCAGGAUAGCUUUCAUGCUCAACAUAGAAAAGUUUCGGUACAUGGCUAUGGAAGAUGAUAGGAAAAGGCUAAUGCCUCUUCCUAAAGAUCGUGUACCUCCCAGAGGGAAGGAAUUAGCAUAUCCAGAAGCAGUCCUGCUAGUCGAUCCCAUGGAGCCAGAAUUUUAAGGAGAAGUAC